AUGUUCGCUAUCCUGGUCCGGGCGUUUGCUCAUGGGGAGAUGUUGUACGCGCUCCCCUCAGGCACGGAGAGGGUUGUUACCGGGGAGGAGGGGAAGUCCGCAGUGAACUCGGCACUAGCGGCUGCGGCAGGAGGAGGGGCUCUCGGUCAGAGCGACCUCUCUCUUGCCAAGAAGCUAGCCGUCUCUCCCGAGCUCCUGCACAAAGAGAAGCUCAAGGCCAAGGAAGGUUUCUGCGAGACUGCCCUCUGGAACUGUACCGAUCUCUAUGGAUCCAACUGA